AUUACCGCCAUCCAACCGGGUAACAAGCCACCAAAUUGUGAGUUCUCCGAGGAAAUUGCAGAUGAACCAUGGGUUUAUAAUUACAAUUCGAUUUUGUCCAUCCACGCUUGGGCUUACCUGCUUUGAUAACCCUAAACGUAUAAUCGAGAAUACGUACGUUCACAUGAAACCCAGCGCUCGGAUCGAGUUCCACGAAGGGUCCGCCGAUAUCAGUAGUUACAGUAACGCCUUUGAGGGUAAUAUUCCUACUCGGCAAUGGGCAGACACUGACAAAAAGGGUCGGAGUGGAAAACAAUGGUGGAUUGAGGCUGGCUGGAAGCUCAUUAUAUACCAAUGGUACGGACUAGCCCCCGUCAAAGGAUUGAGCUGGAAAAUGUUUGGUGGAUUGGGUAUGACUUCAGAUGAGAUCGAGGUUCCUGGGAAAAAUAUCAGGAAGCAUGUUCUUAAGAGGGAUUCAAGCCUUAGCUACAUUUGUGUCGUUCGGAUGGCAUCGAAUAAUCCCUAUGUGUAUAUCGGCCUUAGUGACCCAGACAAGUCAAGAAAGAGAGGCCUUACGACAAGACCUCGCUUUCGUGGGCAACAACAUUUCAAUUUGGAUGAUACUUUCAUGUCAAUGCCGGCUGUAGAGAAUCUGCAGUCUACCGCAAACCAGUGGUCUGCAACACACUCAGAAGCCUGCGCUCUUAUGUGA